AUGGCGACAAUACCGGCUCUCGAAGCGGCAAAUAGCGUCUUGCACCCUCCAUCCGACGAAGAAACACUCGAGAUGUUUACCCCAGAGGACGAUAUAUCCCGAGAAGUGGACGAAUACAUCAAGAAUCACCCCUUAGCAGUGGAGUUACGAUCCAAGCCAGAAUAUUCCGAAUCAAGGCCGCAUUUGAAGAUUCCCGAGGCGCAGAGGGCCCACAAUCUUACUGGUGGUACUCUUAUGGGACCAGGAAAGUUUGUCGUCCCCCCUUUCGUGUGGAGUGAGAAGGGAGGAAAGUCGCUUGUUUCUAUCACAUACCUGGGGACGGAUCUGUGCGGCCAUCCUGGAGUCAUCCAUGGGGGCCUUCUCGCCACCAUAUUAGACGAGGGCCUUGCGAGGUGUUGCUUCGCUGCUUUGCCAAAUAAAAUUGGAAUGACAGCGAAUCUAAACAUUAACUACCGGGCUCCUGCUCCUGCGGGUGCUUUCGUCGUGCUUCGAGCGAAGACCACCAAGGUUGAAGGUCGCAAGGCGUGGGUCGAAGGGCACAUUGAGACCCUCGUGGCGGAGGGAGAAAAACCCACCGUUCUAGUUGAGGCAUCCGCCCUCUUCAUAGAACCAAGGCAAGCAGCUGUACUCAAUAUUACCUGGCACCCGUCUCUCUCGCGACGUGAGCGCAACGAAUUACGAAAGCAACGAGGAUUCACAAUUUGGUUCACUGGUCUCUCAGCAUCAGGAAAGUCAACCAUCGCAACAGCCCUUGAACAACACCUUCUCCAUCUCGGCUUGGCUGCUUAUCGUCUGGAUGGUGACAAUGUGCGGUUUGGUCUGAACAAAGACCUUGGUUUCUCCGAGAAGGACCGCAAUGAAAACAUCAGAAGAAUAGCAGAGGUUGCGAAACUCUUUGCCGACUCGUCAACGAUUGCUCUCACAUCCUUCAUUUCUCCAUACCGAGCGGAUCGCCAGAUUGCCCGUGAACUCCAUGCGGCUAGCAGCCACGGCGAAGACGAGCCCAUCCCUUUCAUCGAAGUCUUCGUCGAUAUUCCUGUCGAGGUAGCAGAACAGCGCGACCCUAAGGGUUUGUACAAGAAAGCCAGAGCGGGAGAGAUCCCGAAUUUUACCGGAAUAUCUGCGCCGUACGAGGCGCCCGAGAACCCCGAGAUCCAUGUAAGGACCGAUCAGCUCACGGUAGAGGAAUGUGUGGGCAAAAUCACUGCGUACCUACAGUCGAAGAAUCUGGUAUAG